CGAGUGCCAGUUUUCUCGCGUUGGCUACUGAAACUUUAAUUUCUGUUAAAUUGGUGGUAAUUGUUUUUGAAAUGUUGCGACAUAGUAAAUUAUUCAAUUUCGUGAAUGUUAAAGAGUCGGACUAGUAAACAGAUUUUAUUUCCAAAAGAUCAUGAGUUAUCCAAGGCACCGUAAAUCGGAUAAAUAUGAUCGCGACUGGGACCGGAAAGAAUCCACAAAGUCACAAGGUUAUGAAAAGGAUCGCGAUGACAGGCGAAAUGAAGAAGAUUGGGACUGGGAGGAAUCCACAACUUCACGAGGUCAUGAAAAGGAUAGCGAUGGUAAGCAAAAUGAACGAGAUUGGGACCGGCAAGAACCCACAACUAUAAGUUUAGGUAAAGGCUUUGCAGAAGAUCGUAAAAGACGUGCAGAAUGGUCGAGAAGUGUGGAGUUUGGUUUUCGGAAAAGGAAAUUUCGAGAUGGUUCCGAAAGUCCUGAAAAGUCACAUUCACAGAAGAGCGACACAGAAGAAGGCGAUAAUAGACGAAAUGGACGAGAGUGGGACUGUGAGGAACCCACAACUUCACGAGGUCAUGCAAAAGAUCACGACGAUAGGCGAAAUGAGCGAGAUUGGGGCCAGCAAGAACCCACAACUAUAAGUUUGGGUAAAGGCUUUGUAGAAGAUCGUAAGAGACGCGCAGAAUGGUCAAGCAGUCUGGAGUGUGGUUUUCGGAGAAGGAAAUAUCGAGAUUGUCCCGAAAGUCCUGAAAAGUCAAAUCCACAGAAGAAGGAUCGCGAUGACAAUCGAAAUGAACGAGACUGGGACUGGGAGAGACCCACAACUUCACGAGGUCAUGAAAAAGAUCGCGACGAUAGGCGAAAUGAACAAGAUUGGGACUGGGAUAAAUCCAGAACUUCACGAGGUCAUGAAAAAGAUCGCGAUGAUGAGCGAAAUAACCGAGAUUGGAACCGGCAAGAACCCACAGCUAAGGGUAAAGGCUUUACAGAAAAUCGUAAAACACGUGUAGAAUCGUCAAGCAGUUUGGAGUUUGGUUUUCGGGAAAGUCCUGAAAAGUCAAAUUCACAGAAGAGUGAAAUAGAAGAAACUAAUUUGAUAAAUUUUUCAUUUCUCAAUCAUAAAAGUGAAUUGAACCGAGUGCUUCUUGGUUACUGUAGUCGCGAUCAACUUGUGAAAGAUCACAACGAUUUUUGGUUAUUUUUGAAUAAAUAUGAAGCUUUACUGAAAAGAAGUGGUCAAUGCAUUUUGCCACAACCGUUGGAUGAAUCUGAACUGAGAAACGACGAAAUGAUGCAAUCGCAAUACAACAAAGCAUACACACUUCCUAUGACAUUUAGUAUCCCAUUCGAAGAGUUGUACAGCAGACUACCACAAUCUGAAAAAGGCAGGAUUAUUAGUCCCUUCAAGUUAAAACAGUUUUUGCAGAUUGUGCUGCAUUAUCUUGACUUUCGGCAAAAGGAACGGUUCGAUAAGUUGCGAAAGCUGCGAAACGCUCAAGCCAAUCUCCCAGUAGCGAAGUACCGAGACGAGAUCGUCUCAGCCGUUCAGAAUGAAAAGGUUGUAAUCCUUGCCGGCGAUACGGGAUGUGGAAAAUCCACUCAGGUGCCGCAGUAUUUGCAUCACGCUGGUUUCAAGAAAAUUGCUUGCACACAACCAAGGCGUAUCGCUUGCAUAUCUCUAUCUAAGCGAGUAGCUCAUGAGAUGCUCUGUGAGUACGGUACAGAGGUCGGCUAUCAGAUUCGGUUUGAAAGAACGAAAUCUACACACACUAAUAUUUUGUUUAUAACUGAAGGACUUCUGCUUCGGCAGCUGGCGGCAGAGGAAACACUUUCCCAGUAUUCCGUCAUUAUACUGGAUGAAAUACACGAGAGACAUUUGCAUGGGGACUUUCUUCUUGGCAUAACCAAGUGUCUGAUCCGUGCACGGCCAGAUGUAAAGCUGGUUUUAAUGUCCGCUACAAUAAAUAUUAAAUUGUUUGGAGACUACUUUGCUGACGAGAAUGUGCAUAUUAUAGAAGUUCCUGGUCGAUUGUUUCCGAUCAAAUUACAUUAUAUGCCACAAGUCCAAGAUAUCGCUGUUUCGGCAGGCACAAACAAAACUAAGCAGAAAACUAGCAAUCGUAUCAGUCCCGAUCCAUAUCUGCAGAUAUUGCAGAUGAUCGAUCAGAAGUAUCCACCGUCGGAGAAAGGGGAUGUUCUAAUUUUUCUCAGUGGUUUGAAUGAGAUCACGACCAUCGUGGAUGCUGCCAAAGAAUACGCCGAGAAGGCUAAGAAUUGGAUCAUUCUACCACUGCACAGCACACUUUCGAUUGCCGAACAAGAUAAGGUGUUUGACUACGCUCCGGAAGGAAUGCGAAAAUGCAUCAUUUCUACUAACAUUGCUGAAACGUCGGUAACCAUAGAUGGCAUUCGAUUCGUUGUGGAUUCUGGUAAGGUCAAAGAAAUGAGCUACGAUCCGACUACCAAAAUGCAACGCCUGAAGGAGUUUUGGAUUUCGAAGGCUUCCGCCGAGCAGCGCAAGGGCAGAGCCGGACGUACGGGACCCGGAAUUUGCUAUCGGUUGUAUUCGGAGAAACAGUUUUACGAUUUUGAUCCUUUUACUACUGCUGAAAUUUUAAAAGUACCAUUAGAAUCGCUAUUGCUGCAAAUGAUUUCGAUGGGUCUGCCCGAUGCGAGGUUGUUUCCGUUUGUGGAGCCGCCUUUAGCGGCAAGCAUAGAAAAUGCUAUUACGAAUUUAAAACAACAUGAGGCGUUAACAGCGAAUGAAAAGCUCACGCCUUUGGGAAUAGCGUUGGCCAAAAUUCCCGUGGAUAUUGGAAUCGGGAAGAUGCUACUGAUGGGAUGUGUUUUUCAGCAACUGCAACCGGUUCUCACUCUAGCUGCUGCUUUGAGCGUUCAAACACCAUUCACUAAUCGAGCUUUUCGUGACGCUGAGUGUGAGCGUGCCCUACGAACCCUUGAGUCGGACCAUGGCGAUCCGAUUACUCUGUUAAAUGCAUACAAAGAAUGGUUAGAGCUUAAGCAAUCUAGUAACCACUAUCGGAGAGAUGAGGAGAGACAAAAUACAAAAAGUUGGUGCCGCAGACGGGGACUCGAGGAACAGCGGUUCUAUGAAAUUACCAAACUUCGCAAUCAGUUUCAAGAGUUGCUUCAGGACUGCGGUCUAAUGGAAAAUUCUAGUGGUUCUGAAAAUAUGACCAGCGCCGAACGUGCCAUCCGUCACGGUGAGAUGAAGCAGCUGAGACAACUGCGAAAGGCGCAUAGAAUGGAAGCUCCCAGGAGACGACAACUGCUAAAAUCGGAUCCCUGGGGGUUGGGAGACGAUGAAGAGGAUGAUGGCAAAAUUGACAUCAGAGAUGUUGAGUUUCGCAUGAAGCUCGAUUCGUCUAAACUGCAAAACUUGGUCAGCGGUGCAACGGCUUGCAAUUAUAGGGAUUUAAUGACUCUCAAAUUGAUUCUAGUUAGUGGGUUGUAUCCACAGGUUGCGAUCGCCGAUGACUACAACUAUUGCAAGGGACCCAGCGAACAAUUCUUCCAUACGCAAACCAAACCUUAUGCGACGCUUCAUCCAAUGGGAUUUUUUGCCAAUAAUGUACAAGUAUUACAGCUCACUGAAAAUGAUAUCAUCGAAAAAACGGGAUUAUAUAAAUCUCGGCAACCCCUGAGCUCCAGUCACCAAAUUCUCUGCUACCUGACCUUACUGGAAACCAAUAAAACUUAUCUGAUGAACACCCUGCGCAUGCCGGCAGCUCAAACACUGUUGCUUUUUGGUCACACCGUUGAUACCAAUUUGACCUUUUCGCGACUAAUCUGUGAUUCGUGGCUAUGCUUAGAUUUCCCUUCUCCUGAAACCGGCCAGGUGUUGCUGUAUAAAGCAUCGAAACUUAAACGCCUAUGGAACCAAUUGCUAGUGGAGAAGCUAAAAGUUCUAACGGUGACUGCAGAUGAAGAACUAACCAAGUCUCAACGGGAGAAGUCAAUUGAACAGAUGAAUUCCGAACUUUGGCAUGAUCUUGCACAAUUCAUGAAUACUGAAGUGUGCUAUACUAUCAAAAGGUUGCUUCCAGCGGAUGUCAAAACAAUGUACAAAGGUCCCGCGGUAACUGAACCAGUGGAUCUGGAUCCUAACCCCUUUGCGGAGGACUUUGUUCCCAUACAAAACGAUGUCAAGGGAGGCAUGCAUAUUACAGAGAAUAUUAUAUAUGGAUGUGUAACAGAGACAGAAUGGAGUAUGCAAAUGUAUGACGAUAUAAUAUCCAACGACUGGGAGUGUACUGAAUGUACCUGUACAUACAAUUUAACAGGGCUGCAAAAGUUGCAACACCAAAUAGUUUGUAAACCCAAACCUACCAUAGAGACCAAAUCCCAGCCACAAGAACCUGCCACGAGUGGCAAAUUGAAACCGAACUCGAAAAAAUACGAUUGUCCAAAAUGUGAGACUACACUCUAUCUCACAGUGCUUGAAAUCUUGAGACAUAAGAAAACGUGCAGCAGAACGGUAGAGCCCGGAGUCGAUUGUCCGAGUGCUAACAUUGAGCCCGGAUAAUCGAGUCCGGCCUGUAAAAGAGGAAAACACGCGUAAAUCGGGUUAUUAUAUUUAAUCUACCAACUUUAAUUAGAUUCAAUAAAUUUACAUACGUAUA